AUGAACCCUCAAUACGUGCGUGCUUUGCCUCGAGCCACCUCGAGUGCCGUGGCGACUCUGCAUCCUUCUCCUCGAACCGCAUUAAGCCGACUGUACGCCACACAAAGCAACCCAAGCGGCACGACCAAGCGACGGAGGAACAUUACAGUCUUGUCCGAUGAUGGACGAUACGAGUGGGGUGAUUUGAGUGGACGAGAAAAGGUGUCGCGCGCUACACAGCAAUCUUUCAACUUUGUGGUUGUGAUCGCAGGUGUUGUGCUGACGGGCGGUGUCUUCUAUCUCUUAUGGACCGAUGUUAUCUCGCCUAAUAGUCGAACAUGGCAAUUCGAAAAAGCCGUCGACCGUGUCAAGGAUGAUGCGCGCUGCAUACAACUCCUGGGUGACCGACGAGAGAUCACAGCCUUUGGGGAGAAUACCUCGAGCAAAUGGGCAAGGCAUCGGCCUAUUGCUACAACCGUUGGGAAGGAUCGUUUAGGCCGCGAGCAUCUCCGGAUGAACUUUCACGUUGAGGGUCCUCUUAACUCAGGAGUUGUUCACGUGCACAUGAUCAAACCUUUGGAUCAGAACGAGUGGGAAUAUCAACUACUUGCUCUGGAUGUCAAGGGACACUCUCGUGUCGUCCUGGAGAAGGCUGCGGAGAAGCCCAGCGUGGCUAGCUCAUUGAAAUUGUUCGGCAUUCAGUGGCGCUGA